AUGGGUAGUUGUAAUUGUAUUCCAAAAAAGCUAGGAGAAGAAGAAUUAUAAACACAAAGAGGUGGUAGCGAACACUAAAUAAUGGAUAAAGAGAAACAAUAAGAUGCACAAUCUUUUACUCAUGGUUGAUUUUUAUCUUCUUAUUCAGAGGACAAUAGACCAGCAAAUGAUGAAUCUUAGUAACUUGUUUAGAGCACCAAAGGAAUUAGAAAAAAACUUCCUAGAAUUAAUAUGCUAAAUGGAGGUUAUUAUGAAGGUGAAUGGUUUAAUUGUUUGAGAGAUGGUUUUGGUUUGCAUGUAAGAUUGAAAAAAUCAUUAGAGACUUGGGCUGAUGGAGGCUAUUAUGAAGGGGAAUGGAAAGCUGAUAAAGCAGAAGGAAAAGGGAAAUUGAGUAUAACAAUAAUAAUAAUAAACAAAUUUAGUUCAUGGAGAUGGAGAUAUUUAUGAAGGAUAAUGGGCAAAUGAUAUGGCUAAUGGUUUUGGGACAUAUGUACAUGCUGGUGGUGCAAAGUAUGAAGGAGAAUGGUUAAAUGAUUAAUAACAUGGAAAAGGAACAGAAGUCUGGCCUGAUGGUUCUAAAUAUGAUGUUUAACAUUUUUAAUACUAUUAGGGUAUGUAUACUUUUGGAAAAAAAAAUGGAAAAGGAAAACUAUAAUUUGCAGAUAAUAGUAUUUAUGAGGGAGAUUUUUUGGAUAAUGAAAUUAGCGGAUAUGGUUAAUAUACUUGGAAUGAUGGUAAAACUUAUACAGGAAAUUGGUUAAAUAAUAAAAUGAAUGGUUAUGGUGAAACAAUAUGGCCAGAUGGAAAAAGUUAUAAAGGGUAUUAUUUAGAUGAUAAAAAACAUGGAUAAGGAGUUUUCUCUUGGAAUAAUGGUAAAAAAUAUGAAGGAGAAUGGGCUAUGGGUAAAUAAAAUGGCAAAGGUGUAAUAAUUACUGAAACUGGAGAGAGAAAAGCAGGUAUUUGGGAAAAUGGAAGAAGAAUCAAAAUUGAAGGAGAAAAUGAUUAAACAGCUGAAGGUGAAACCUGA